AUAUACCGGAAAGGGGUUUUGUUUGCGUGGAUCGUUUCCUCAGAAAUUUCAGUGCCGAACUGCCGGUGAACCGAACUUAACAGAAUAAAUGAAUUAAAGUAUUUCGUUCGGCCGAUAAAGGAACAGUAGUUCUCGUUCCAGUGUAUACAGGAUGUUGGUUUAAACAGUGUUUUGGGGAUCAACACUGCGUUACGAAAUGAUCCCAACGACACGCUUGCUAUAGCCAUGUCCUCAAAAGCCGCUGCAGGUAACUAACUAGCUAAUGUUAGCUAGACUAACGCGUUGCGAUAGAUGGACCAUAGCUUGCUAACUCGCUAGCUGGUUUUCAUUUUCUCUUGUCCUCACCAUCGUGUUUUACUUAGACCUAUUCGUUACAUUCCACGUCUCUACAGUAACAUUAGGAUAUGCUGUGUCAAUAGACUUUUGUGUAGCUAGUUUGCAUAGCUAGUUUAACUUUUAAACCCAACUAGCCAACGUUAGCGUCUAGCCCACGACAUUUUCAACACGUAACGUUAGCUAGUUAGCCCUCUGCGGUACCCUACCAUCAAAUCAAGCUUUCCCCCAGUUUCGUUUUUUAUUAACUUGAGAAACUAGUUCUCUUGAAUACGAUGGCUUCUUCGUCGGGAAACGAUGACGACCUCACCAUUCCCAGGGCAGCCAUCAACAAAAUGAUCAAAGAAACUCUGCCCAACGUACGGGUUGCCAACGAUGCAAGAGAGCUUGUUGUGAACUGCUGCACAGAGUUCAUACAUCUAAUCUCAUCAGAGGCGAAUGAAAUAUGUAACAAGUCUGAAAAGAAGACCAUAUCACCUGAACACGUCAUUAAUGCACUUGAAAGCUUGGGUUUUGCGUCGUACAUCACAGAGGUGAAGGAUGUCCUGCAGGAGUGUAAAACAGUAGCACUUAAAAGGAGGAAGGCCAACUCUCGCCUGGAAAACUUGGGCAUCCCAGAGGAAGAGCUCCUCAGACAACAGCAGGAACUAUUUGCUAAGGCACGGCAGCAGCAGGCCGAGCUGGCCCAGCAGGAGUGGCUCCAGAUGCAGCAAGCUGCCCAGCAGGCCCAGUUGGCUGCAGCAUCCGCCAGCGCUGGACAGCAGGCUGGCUCCUCCCAGGAUGAGGAUGAUGAGGAUGACAUGUGAUUAUGAAGAUGAUCCCUGGGUCUGGGCUGCAACAUUUGGAACAGAUAAUAAAAACAAGAAUUUCUUAUUGGAUAACUACAGAUAGUAGGCUACCACCUGUUUCUGGCUGUUUUCAUCCGUUUCGUGACUGCUGAACACGACCCAGGCCAUAUCCCUUGUCUUAGGACAGUGUCGGCAAGCAGCCCUCUCUUUCUCACUCCGAACACUCUCAUUGGCAGUGAUUUGAGCUGUGUUUGGACAUAAUCCCACCAGUCCAGUAUCAGGAGUUCACAUUAUGGACAGUUUCAAGGUACAUAGAUAUGGGGAAUUUUAUUAUAUAUAUGUUUUUAUUGUCACAUACUAGGUAGACAUUUUUUUCUUUUUUGACAGAAGUACCUGAAAACACAUUUGAAUAAAGAUACAUUUUCAAGCUUUC